AUGCGAUACAAGGCAAAGCGUUCGGAAGCAGUAUACCUUAUCAAGCAUUUCUUGGAGGAGCCAAAGGAAAAUUUGUCCAUGCCAGAGUCCUUCCUUACAAGAGGAUCUUGGGCUAGUUUUCUUGGCAGUAUCCAGGAAGAAGAGCAGUCUACUCAGAGUGGUAGGAGCGCAGGAGGCAAUAGUGACAAUGCUGAAAGUAGUAAUUUGGAUGAUGUCCAUCAUGUGGAACAUGAUUUAAACAAUAGAUCCAGCGGAGCAUUAAAAAGUGCAAAUACAACAGAUAAACAAAGCAAAGGACAAUGA